CGCAAUUUCAUUGUUUCGGUAAGAAAUUUUCAUAUCAUGUCUUCAAAUCAUACCAAAUGCUCAGGCUUCGUAUGUUUGCUUUUGCUGUUUGUAUUUCUUCUUUUUAGAAAUGCAGAUUGUGGGCAAAUUGUUCGGACCUUGCCAGGCUAUACCGGUACUCUUCCUUUCAAACUUGAAACUGGAUAUGUGAGCGUGGGGCAGUCAGAGAUCUUCUACUUGUUCGUGGAGUCGCAAGGAAAUCCUGAAGUGGAUCCUGUUCUUUUUUAUAUAGUUGGAGGCCCUGGCUGUGCGGCUUUGAAUGGCUUCUUCUUUCAAACUGGCCCGCUACAGUUUAAUGGAACUGAUUACACUGGUGGCUUGCCAUCGUUACAUUUGUACCCCUACACAUGGACAAAGACUGCGAGUAUAAUAUUUGUGGAUGCCCCUGUUGGCUCUGGUUACUCCUAUUCAACAAACGCAUCAGAUUACAGUAUCACAGACUUAGAAUCAGCAAAUCAAUCUCAUGUUUUUAUAAGAAAGUGGUUUAAUGAGCAUCCUCAAUUCAUCCCAAACCGAUUUUUCGUUACUACUGAUUCUUAUUCCGGUAUACUCGCUCCAAUCAUCACACAAAAAAUAUUGGAUGAUAAUAAAGCCGGAGUGGAGCCAAAAAUAAGUCUAGUGGGAAUUAUAAGUGGCUCACCACAUACGGAUGGCAAACUUGAAGAAAAUUACAGAGUACCUCAAGCUCAUCUACUCGGACUUUUAUCUAGCAGUUUGUAUGAGUCAGCGAAAACAAAUUGCAACGACACUUACUAUGAUGUGGAUGCUAGUACCGUGAGUGCGGAUUGCCUUGAGGAUCUUGAAGAAAUCGAUAAUUGCCUUGAACAAAUAAAUACGGAAAUGGUGUUGGCCCCCAAGUGUGCUACAAUAGCACCCAGCUCAGACUAUCGAAACAUGAGAAGAUCUUUGAAAGAAAAAUCAAGACAAUUUCCCCUUCCAUCAUCCAGAUCAACUGACUAUUAUUGCAAGGAUUUUGGUUAUCUACUCGCUGAUAUAUGGGCAAAUGAUAAAGGUGUUCAAAGCACUCUGCACGUCCGAGAGGGAACCAUUCAAGAAUGGCGAAGGUGCAACCUUACGUUCGCUAGCAGUACAUAUGUAUAUGAUCUUAUGAGUGUGGUUGCCUACCAUAAAAAUCUCACUAAAAAUGGCAUACAAGUUUUACUUUACAGUGGUGAUCAUGAUUUGGUUGUUGCACAUACAUCAACAGAAUAUUGGCUCGCUGAACUCAAUAUUACUUUGGAUGAAGAUUGGCGACCAUGGUAUGUUGGUGGUCAAGUUGCAGGGUAUACAAUGAAGUAUACAAAUUAUGGAUAUCGAUUGACUUAUGCGACUGUGAAGGGAUCAGGCCAUUCUCCUACUGAAUGGAAGGGCAGGGAAAGUUAUGAGAUGUUUGAAAGAUGGAUCCACUUUUAUCCACUCUAGUUAGAACUUGUCUGCCACCAUUGUAAUGCCCGGACUAAUAAACACUGAGAUUAACAUUGUGGGCUAAGGGGGCAGCUGCCUCUGAAUUUUGGAAAUCCUUUUAGUCUUGUAUUUUAACUUUAUUACAAUUAUGCCCUCUUUAUAAAGAAUAA